AUGUUUCGGGUGAGCAACAAUCUGGUUGGGGUGCUGAAUUUGCUGGCCUUUCUUCUGUCGAUUCCCAUUUUGGUGACGGGCGUGUGGCUGAGCAAGCAAGUGAACGCGGAGUGCGAAAGGUGGCUGGAGAGGCCCUUCAUUGUGUUGGGCGUUUUCCUUUUGCUGGUGUCUCUGGCGGGUUUGGUCGGCGCAUGUUGUCGCGUCUCAUGUCUCCUCUGGCUCUACCUCUUUGUCAUGUUCUUGCUCAUACUCCUUGUUCUCGCCUUCACCGUCUUCGCCUUCCUCGUCACCAACAAGGGUGCUGGUCGAGUCCUUUCCAACCGAGGCUACAAGGAGUACAGGCUCGGUGACUACUCCAAUUGGUUGCAGAACAGAGUGAACAACUCCCACACCUGGAACCGAAUUCAGAGCUGUCUCCAAUCUGCCAAACUCUGCUCCCAAUUCCAAACCCAAUUCGCCAACGACACUGCGCAACACUUCUACACCGAGAACUUGUCCGCGCUUCAGUCGGGGUGUUGCAAGCCAUCAGACAACUGUAACUUUGAGUACCAGGGUCCAUCUGUCUGGAUUAAGACUGAAGGUGCAAAUUAUUCCAACCCUGAUUGUAAUGCUUGGGACAAUGUGUUAGAAUUAAUUUUUAAUUAA